AUGUCCCGGGGCCGUGUUUUGGGGGGCUGCGCCUGGUUCCUGGGGGCUCUGGCUCUGCUGCAGACCCUCUACCUGCGGGCUGUGCCCCCCACCCCGCGCCCCCCGCCCCGCCGCGCCCCCCGCGGGGUCCUGGACGCCUCGGGGGCGUUCCGGGUGUUCCGGGACGUUCUGGGAGCCCCCCCGGGCUGGGCCCGCGCCCCCCGGCCCGAGCUGGUCCUGGCCACCCACGGCAGCCCCGGGCGAGCGGCGGCGGCGCUCGGGGGGUCCUGGGGGGGCCCGCUGGCCCUGGCCGUGUUUGGGGUGCCCCGGGAGGGGCUGGAGGAGCUGCUGGCGAUUUUGGGGGGUCCCUGCCGGAGUUUGAGGAGCCGCCUGAGGCUGCACGUGGUGCUGGGGGCGGCGGGACCCCCCCCAAAAAUCCCCGAGGCGCCGCGAGCCCCCCGAAGCGCCGGGGGGUGCCGGGGGGCCCUGGCGCGGCUGGCGGCCGCCGACCCCCCCAGUUACAGUUUGGGGGUGCCGUACCCCGGGAAUCUGCUGAGGAACGUGGCCUGGGAGGGGGCGGCCGGGGGGGGCCCCGCGGGGGGACCCCCACCCAAAUUCGGGGAGCGUUUCGUGCUCAUGGUGGACGCCGACGUGGUGCCGAGCCCGGGUCUGCGCGAGGGGUUCCUGGAGCUGCUGCGGGACGGGGGCCUGGACGCGCGGCUGCUUUUCGUGCUGCCGGCCUUCGAGGUGCGCGCGGGGCUGCGGCCGCCGGCGUCGAAGCCGGAGCUGCUGCGGCUCUGGGGCGCGGGGGACGCGCGGCCGUUCUACGGGACGCUGUGUCCCCGCUGCCAGGCCCCCACCGAUUUCGGCCGCUGGCGGACGCUGCCGCCGGCGCCGCGGCCGCGCGUGGCCUACGAGGCGCCGUGGAGGGACCCCUGGGAGCCGUUCUUCGUGGCCCCCGCCCGCGGCGUCCCCCCCUUCGACGAGAGGUUCCUCCAGUACGGCUUCAACCGCAUCAGCCAGGCCUGCGAGCUGCACGUGGCCGGGUUCCGCUUCGCGGUGCUGGACGGGGCCUUCGUCACCCACCGGGGGUUCAAGGAGCCGGGCGGGUUCCACGGGGGCCGCGAGGCCGAGCUGGGCCACAACCGGCGCCUCUUCCGUGGCUUCCGUGAGGAGCUGAGGAGGCGCUACCCCGGAUCCCCCCGGCGCUGCUGAGCACCUGGGGACACCUGGGGACACCUGGGACACGCCUGGGACAGCUGGGACACACCUGGGGACACUUGAAGGACCUGCUGUGAACACCUGAGGACAGCUGGGACACACCUGGGGACACUUGAAGAACCUGCCGGGAACACCUGGGGACACCUGGGACACACCU